UUUUAUUUCUUUAUCUAUCUUGGUUUUGUAGAUUCACUUGCCUUGACGCUCUUUUAAAUGCACUGUAUUUAAAGUUCAAAUCUUUAAGGCACAUUGUUCUUCAAGAAGCUAGUGGGUGCGAUUGUUCUUGUUUAGUGGGUGCGAUUGUUCCUUCAGAUUUUUUCUCCCUACUAGGUUUGGAAAAAUGAAUAUAUCUGAUGAGAACAAUCCUAUCAUUAAACCCACAAGUUUUCAAGGAGGGCUUGAGAUGGGUAGCAGAAAUUUUGGGCAGGAGAUUAGGAACAACAGGAGAGCUUUAAAUGUGUUAAAUCAGAAUUUUAUUGGAGCAAAAGCAUGUACUUGUGUCGUUGACAAGAGAGGGAUGUCAGAGAAUCAUGGAGUCCCUGAAAGAAACCCACUUCAUCCUUCACAUCGACCGAUUACAAGGAAGUUUGCCGCACAAUUGUCAAGUACACAUCAGCACUGUCCACAGCAGGAGGCUAAGAAGCAGAAACCAUCACUCCCAAGCAGAAAUGAAUUUGGAGACUCUAUAUUCGUAGAUGUCAAAGAAAAUAAGGCACCUUCAGACCAUCCAGUGCCAAUGUUUUUAGAACAAACGGAAGCAAUUCCAGAUGAAACGGAUCAGAUGGAGGAGGUUGAAAUGGAAGAUAUAAUUGAAGAACCCAUUUUGGACAUUGAUGGCUGUGAUUCAAAGAAUCCACUUGCAGUCGUUGAUUAUGUUGAAGACAUGUAUGCCUACUACAGAAAAAUGGAGAGUUUCAGCUGUGUUUCCCCCAACCUUAUGGCACAGCAAUUUGACAUUAAUGAAAAGAUGAGAGCUAUACUCGUUGACUGGCUUAUUGAGGUGCAUGACAAGUUUGAACUCAUGAAAGAGACAUUAUUUCUUACAAUUAAUCUUAUAGAUAGGUUUCUAUCACAACAAACAGUGGUAAGAAAGAAGCUUCAAUUGGUUGGAUUGGUUGCUUUGCUCUUAGCAUGCAAAUAUGAGGAGGUUUCAGUUCCAGUCGUGGGAGAUCUAAUUCUUAUAUCAGACAAGGCCUACACUAGAAAAGAAGUUCUUGAAAUGGAAAAUUUGAUGCUUAACAGAUUGCAGUUUAAUAUGUCAUUACCAACACCAUAUGUCUUUGUGCAAAGGUUCCUCAAGGCUGCUCAAUGUGAUAAGAAGAUUGAGCUGCUGUCCUUCUUUCUGGUUGAGCUUUCUAUUGUGGAGUAUGAAAUGCUCAAAUUCCCACCGUCUCUUUUGGCGGCUGCGGCAAUCUAUACUGCUCAGUGCACUGUCUAUGGAUUCAAGCAGUGGAGUAGGACCUCUGAGUGGCACAGCAACUAUUCAGAAGAUCAACUUUUAGAAUGUUCAAGACUAAUGGUGAGUUUUCACCAGAAGGCAGGGACAGGGAAACUCACUGCGGUAUACAGGAAAUACAAUACAUCUAAGUUUGGCUAUACUUCAAAAAGUGAACCAGCAGUUUUUCUAUUAGAGGCUCAAAAAUAGCAGGGAAAAGUGUACAGCUACUGACUAUUACUUGAUUGGGGUUGGUGGGGGUUACACACAAUAAUCAGCAACUUUGGGUUGCCACUUGGGAAUUGAUAUUGUGAAUUUUAAGAAAUGCAGCCUUGGGUUAUGGUUAAGAUCCUAUGUUCUGAUCCAUUUGAACAUAUUUCCUCACUGUAAUUUUCUUUUCUUGUUCUAUUUAAAACAAUAAUUUCAUGACACCAUAAAAAUGAAAUCUUUCCUUUAUUUUCUACUUAA